ACAUUUGUGUUUGCUAAUGCUCUCAUAAUGGCUACUGCUACAAUUCAGUCAGGAACUAUAAACCUCCUAAACACCAUCAUCGGUGCAGGGAUAUUGGCAAUGCCAUAUGGUCUCAAGUCCAACGGACUUGCUUUCGGGCUCCUUCUCAUUGUGUGGUCGGCCCUCACAUCUUCGUUCGGACUCUACCUUCAAACAAAAGUAUCCAAAUACACCGACCAACAGACCGCUGUGAGCUUUUUCAGCUUAUCCAAGUUGACUUAUCCCUCCUUGUCGGUGGUAUUCGAUGCUGCCAUCGCCAUCAAAUGCUUUGGUGUGGGAAUAAGCUACUUGGUGAUUAUCGGUGACUUGAUGCCUAAAAUCGUGGAAGCUUUGGCUUCAGGAGCUGCUGACCAGUGGUGGAACCACAGAAACACUUGGAUCUCAGUGUUCAUGAUUUUUGUGGCCCCUUUGCUGUUUUUACGGAAGUUGGACUCCUUGAAGUACACUAGUGUUGUUGCUUUGUUUUCGGUGUUGUACCUCAUUUGCUUGGUGGUAUUCCACUAUUUCUUUGGCGAAGGUUCCGAAACAUCGGCCCCAGAAAUCGAGUGGUUUGGCCCUAUUUCAUGGAGAAGUACCCUCCGCUCGUUCCCAAUUUUUGUAUUUGCUUACACCUGCCACCAGAACAUGUUUGCUAUAAUCAACGAGUUGGCCAUCGAUGCCAACGCUGGCUCCAAGACCCGCCAGUCCAACCACGUGAUUCGUAAUGCCAUUGCUACUGCCUGUGUAUCGUACACGAUUGUGGCGGUAUCUGGAUACUUGACAUUUGGCUCUGCUGUCAACGGGAACAUCAUCACCAUGUACCCCAAAAACUCCAUGUCUUCGCUUGUAGGACGGUUAUGUAUUGUGGUUAUGGUCGCCUUGUCAUUCCCACUUCAGUGUCACCCGUGUCGUGGAUCUUUAAAUCAUGUGGUUUACUUCAUUGUCGAGAAAUUCAAAAGGGAUCCAAUGAUAUCCGAAGAACACGACGCAUUGAUCGAGGACGAUUCCGGAGCCGACAACUCAUUUGUAUCGACCACUCCAAUGGAAGGGGCAUAUGAUACGGCCGGGCAUGAUCCAAUAGUAGUGCCGUUGACCUCCAGAAAUUUCUAUUAUAUCACCACCGGAAUAGUUGUUUUCAGCUACUUAAUUGCCAUCAGUAUCACUUCUUUAGAGCAUGUGCUUGCAUUGGUGGGUUCUACUGGGUCGACAUCCAUCUCGUUUGUUCUUCCCGGGUUGUUUGGGUACUUAUUGAUUAAGCCCAAGCCAGGCCAACCGGCAACCAUUUUAGAACAAUUUUGUAAAUACGGGGGGUUGUGCCUCUGUUUAUGGGGGUUGUUGGUGAUGGUUGUGUGUUUAUCUGCUACUUUAUUCUUAGGAGCUACGCAUUAGACUACGCACAAUUCUAAUAUCAAUUCCAGCUAUCUAGUAACCUACUUCAUAAUAAUAUCUUUUCUUUCCCAACCCGUUGGAUGAUGAUACUUCAAGUCGUUGGAGGGCUGUUCCUCACCCAUCACCAACGCAUAAGGGUUUCUAUCAGUCUUUUGACUCAAGUUGGCAAAUGUAUGGUUCACUUCCCGGUGUUUGGCUUCGUCGGCACGAACGCACAAGAUUAAAUCUCUAAUGGUGGACUUUUCAUCUAGAGUACCAUAAUACUGUAUGGCCACUGGUGGAAUCGCCAUAUCGUCAAACUUCUUUAACUUUCCCGCAUCCAACUCUUUGAUAAAGUGGGAGUAAGUGCUGACAGCUUCUUCUUCCAAAUACCCCACAAAUCUAUGGCAGAACUUAGGGAAGAAUAAAUAGUUGAAGAAGAAAAUAUUGCAGAAAACUCCCUGGCCCAUAAAUAUAAAGAACCUGGUAAACCACGAAGGUUUUCCGAGGUUAAUAAAGGUCAAUAAAUGAAUGCGUUCGUUGUAAGCUUCAUCGAGCAAGGUCUCAAUCCAAGCCUUAUCUCUUUUCAAUAACCUUAAUGAGUGUAAAUGACGAAUGAAAGCAGCUGUCAUUCCAGGAAUCCCUGCCACACUUUCCAAAAAUAUACAUCUCGUAAGCCAUUUACUUUCUGUCAUCUCAAACCGGGUUCCCUCAUAAGAAACUCCUUUAGUAGGAUGCUUAUAUCCCGUAAAGAAGUCGAAACAAGAUCUGAAGGUCUGAAUGGCUCCACUAGCAAUUUUGUCACUGACGGUUAUAGGCACUCUAUGGUCAAACAGAAUCGACUCCAACUCAGCUUUUUCUUCUUUAGGGUGUUGGAAAGUUGGGUGGGUGAUAAACGAGUUAUCAAACUUAGGCUCCUUCGUGAGUUUUGUAGCAACAUUGAAGACAGUUCUGGAAGGAAUAAAGGUUGUUGAUUUUAAAAUCAAGUUUCUACUGUACAUUUUAAAAUAUCUAGGUUCUGUUUUAACUUUUGAAAGCUAAUGGAGUCAAUUAGGGAUCAGAAGUAGGUAUAUUUAUAUUGUUACUUUGCCCGAUAAAACCCGCUGAGCAGUUUAUUUAGGACUUUUAAUUUUCGCAACCUCAGAGGACGCCGCAUGGACUUAGAACUCCGGCGAGCCCGUACUACAACGGUUACCUUA